AUGUCGUUACCAGUUGAAACAUUGCGUGAUUCGCAGCCAUUUAUCAAGACCUCUUUGGUGGAAGUUACUAAGGACUUGCCAAAUAAACCGCCAUGCCGUGUUUUCUUGAAGAAUGAAUAUGAACAACCAUGUGGUAGUUUUAAAUUGAGAGGCAUUUCCAAUUUGAUUUACAGACUGAUUCAAAAAGCCAAAAAGGAAAAGAUUGACAAGACACUCUACGUGUUUGCAUCAAGUGGAGGAAAUGCCGGGUUGGCAGCAGCAUACCUGGCGCGUUACUUUAGGAUAGGAUGCACCGUUGUUUUGCCAACCACAUCAAAGCCAGAGAUUAUUGAGAAAUUGCAGAGCUAUGGGGCCAAGACUAUUAUGCACGGGAAAAAUAUUAAUGAAGCCGACGGAUACUUGAAGAACAUGAUGAGAAACAUAGACUUAAACAUUUACCCAAUCUAUUGCCAUCCAUUUGACAAUCCAUUAAUAUGGGAGGGUCACUCGUCGUUAGUGGACGAAGUAUACCAAGAACAAUUAUCCUAUAACGACUCACAAAAAGUCAAAGGUAUUGUGUGCUCUGUUGGUGGAGGCGGCCUUUAUAACGGGAUUAUGAAGGGCCUUGAACAAAACAAAACAAACAAAGAUACAAGCUUGAUGCUUGUUGAGACUAACCAGGCUCCAACUUUGUUGGAAACAAUCAAGGCUGGAGAAGUCUUUACAUUAGAUUCGGUCAACUCAUUAGCCACCUCACUUGCAUGCUCAUACUUGUCUGAACAAAGUUUAGACAACUACUAUAAUUCUAAAUUCAAGACUUAUGUCGAUUCGAUCGACGACUUAGAUGCCAUUCAAGGCUUAAUUGAUUUUUAUAGUAAUUCCGGUGUUGUUGUUGAGCCAGCUUGCGGUACUGCAUUGUCAUUAGUAUACAAUAGAAUGGAUAUAUUGACAAAGCAUUAUACUAAUUUAUCCCCCGAUGAUAUCAUUAUUGUCGUUGCUUGCGGGGGCUCAUGCACGAAUUUAGAGGGUGUUGAAAACUUCAAGAAGAUGCUUAACACUACAUGCAAGCUUUAG